GAAGCAUCUGCCUUCAUCCUCGUUCGAGUGAAGUACGCACAUCCUCACCUCGCGUUGGUUCCGUAGAACGGCGACAAAACACGCGGCAUCAUGGGCGUCAAAGGACUGUGGAACUACGUGGAGCACCACAACGUUCAGUAUGCCUACCCAAACAAGAACGCCCGCGCCACGUGCUACGGCGUCAACCCACGGCACCUCUUCAUCGACAUGAACGCCGUGCUGCACAUGUCCUACGAGCCCACCAAACCCACCACGGCGGCCACCCUGCGCGCUGUGGUGACCCGUGUAGACGAGCUCCUCUUGAGGGUGCGCCCAGAGGACACGCUGGUGCUCGUCUUCGACGGCGUGGCUCCCGUUCUUAAGAUAAAGACGCAAAAGGAGCGUCGGCGAUCGUUACCCGUCAACGCACCCUGCCCUGCAAGUAUAUCUUCUAGCCCUGACAAGAGUAACCAGCAGUCCACCACAGCUGCGGCCGCCACCAGCGGCGCGAUAUCGUCCGCUGCCUACACGAGCGACCUCACGCGGGACGGCGUGCCGCUGCGUCGCGAGGAGAUUCUGUGCGGGUCGGAGUUCGUUCUGGCGUGCGAGGAGUACAUCACCUCCCACCUGCAACGGCGCAAAGCGCAGCAGCAGCGACAGUACUCGUGGAGGCAGUUGCGUGUGUCGGGCUGCCGCACGGCCGGCGAAGGGGAGGUGAAGAUUUCGGGUCUGCUACGGCAGCUUUGGGCAGCCAACGUCGCGGAUGGGACCUACAAGCCGGAUGACGCGAUUACCUUCGUGGGCAACGAUUCCGAUCUUAUUUUGGUGGCGAUGGUCGCCACGCCAUACUCCUACUUCACCCUCGUCGACCCCUUCGACUACUCGCUCACUUCGCUGCAUGAGCUGAUGGAACACUGGUCGAACGCGGUGCCGAACCCGCCUCUCUCGUCCGAGCUGCUUCCGUCUUAUCGAGUUGAUUUUGUCUUCUUGAUGCUGCUAGCAGGAAGCGAUUAUUACGAGGGCAUUCGCGCUGACAGCGUCGCACUGUGGCGUCGCUACCGCCACCUUCGCGCGAACGAGGGCUUUUUUCGGCGUGCGCUGCUCUCCGGUCCGCACCUGGACCUCGACCUCGAAUUCGUGCGCGCUGUGUUUGCGCGAAACGGGUCGAUGCGUGCCCAACUGCUUCGUGUGCCCCGCAAUAAGCGCAAGACGGCCAAAUCGAUUCUGCGCUCCGGCGGCGGUGGGGGCAGCAGCAGCGCAACGGACGGCAUUCGACUCCUCUCGGCCGCGCUGUGGAGCUUGAAGAGCUACGUGACGGGGAGCUGCGUGGAUUAUCGGUUUCGUGUGCCGCAGGAGGGCGGCUGCCCGUCGGUGGGUUCGCUGCGGUCCGCGGCGCAGACACGAGGACUGAGCCGCAUGAUUGGUGCCGGCGCUCGCAGUGCCGCAGCGGAAGAGGAGGCGAAUGCGGAGACACACCCCCUCUUCACCCCGCUGGAGCAGUGUUUGGCGGUGCUCGGUAUGCGGGGCCGCUACUCGUUGGAGCUACGCCGCGCCCUCCACACCUGCACCGCGGAUGAGGGACAUACACUUACCACGAGCUCGUCGAUUACGUACAUGACGGAGACGGUGCGAAGGAUCAUGGCGGCGGUGGAUGCGUCGCGGCUCACCACGGCGGAGCGUCUGCUGCACACCCCGUCCGCUCUGCGUGCGGAGAGCGUGGAAGGCGGCGGCAGCGAGGAAGGAGCGUUCAUGCUGCUCGCGGCGAUCCCACCGCGGAAAGCGGCUCAGGCGAGCCCCGCCGUUGCAACCGAUGCGAAAGAAGACCACAGCAUUGAUCCAAGUGAGGGCGACCCGGACGAAGAAAGCGGUGACGGCAGCGCUGCGAGUUAA